AUGGAUACUGACACACAAAUCUUAUCACAUCAAUUAUGGGAUGUUUUUUACAAAAUAUUUCUUGUCUUUUCACUCAUAGCCGGAAUCAUUGUAGGAUCGUACGGACUUUCCCUAUACCUAAAAGCUAAACAAGACGAACAUCUAUUUCGUCCGUGGCAAACAAUAUGUACUUUACUUGAUUAUGAGGCUGUUAAACAUGAUUGUAAAUCAUGUGGCGAAGAUGGAUGCAUAGUUUAUACCUGUUAUAAUCAAGUUUAUCAGAUAAUCUACGAAAUUUUCAAUGGAACAUUUGUCAACAGUACGAUUGUAUUCAACGAUAAACAGACUCAACGAAUAAUGAAGGUUGGAGAAAACUAUACAUGUUAUUAUGACGAACCACAUGAUGUCACGUUCGUUAAAUGGGAAUAUGAAGAUCAACGCACUGGACUGAUUCUACUCUGUGUCGGUUAUGGUAUUGUUGGGAUUGAUCUUUUCCUGAUAAUGGUAUCGAUCACAUACCAAUUGCUUCGAAAAUGUUGGACUAAACCAACCAUUCUACUUUCAAAAAUCUCUUUUGUUCGCCGAAGAUCCGAUCAAAAUCCGAUAUUUAUUGAAUUUUAG